UUGUUUAGUGAAUAGUUUCAAUGAACUGGUCGGGAACUGAGCGACACGACACUUGUUUUGAUGAUUUUUCGUUGUUUAAAUUAAAACAAUAAACAAUAAGGAAGGAUAACUGUUGCCUUUGGCUACAAUGUAUACACUGCUACAUGGUUUCUAUAAAUAUCUAACGCAAAAAGACGAAUAUUGUGUUGUUAUAUUGGGUCUGGACAAUGCUGGCAAAACGACAUAUUUGGAGGCGGCUAAAACAAAAUUCACAAAAAACUAUAAAGGAAUGAAUCCGGGCAAAAUUACCACAACAGUGGGUCUAAACAUUGGUACUAUUGAUGUGCAAGGUGUACGUUUAAAUUUCUGGGAUUUGGGAGGCCAACAUGAACUGCAGUCAUUAUGGGAUAAAUACUAUCAGGAAUCACAUGCCGUAAUUUAUGUAAUAGAUUCCAAUGAUCGAGAUCGUAUGGACGAGUCAAAAGUAAUUUUUGAUAAAAUGAUUAAAAAUGAUCUGUUAUCUGGUGUGCCGCUACUCAUCUUGGCAAAUAAACAAGAUUUACCUGAUGUUAUGGGUGUUAGAGAUAUCAAACCAGUGUUCCAGCAAGCCGGUGGCUUUAUAGGUCGUCGUGAUUGUCUGACAAUACCAGUAUCGGCAUUGACGGGGUGUAGAUGAAGGCAUUAAAUGGUUAGUAGAUGCCAUAAAGCGACACUCCAUUGUGCGACCCCCACGUGUUAAUGACUGAUCAUUGGGAAUGUUGCUAAGCGAAAGGCAAUUGGACAUAAGUGUAUUAGAAGAGAUCAUUUCCAAUUCUUUUCUUUCGAAAGAAUGCCUAAUUAUUUCUCUCAUAAGCUUUGUAAAUAAUUAUAAACUAAAUAUACAUAUACUAAUACUAUUUAUAACGUAUAUACAAAUAUAUAAAUUAUUAUAUUACUUAAAUGUAAGUUUAAUAAAAGUGAUUUCAGGGUUGACAAAACUACA